AUGGCUGUUGCACUGCCUUUUGCUCUUUCCCUCAUGCUAUUGUCUCUGCUGCCAUAUCACACCCAUGCUCAAACUUACAGCAAUGUGACUCUGGGGUCAUCCCUCACUGCAGAGGGCAACAAUUCUUUUUGGGCUUCACCAUCUGAUGAAUUUGCUUUCGGGUUCCAACAGAUCAGAAAUGAAGGUUUCUUGCUGGCUAUUUGGUUCAACAAAAUACCUGAAAAGACAAUAGUCUGGUCGGCCAAUGGCAAUAAUCUAGUGCAAAGAGGAUCCAGAGUUGAACUCGCCACUGGUGGCCAGUUUGUGCUCAAUGACCCAGAAGGGAAACAGAUAUGGAAUGCCGUUUAUGCCAGUAAAGUCAGCUAUGCAGCUAUGCUAGAUACUGGAAACUUUGUGCUGGCAAGCCAAGAUUCAAUCUAUUUGUGGGAGAGUUUUGAUCAUCCAACAGACACUAUACUACCCACACAGAUGCUGGAUCUAGGCAGCCAACUUGUUGCCAGAUUCUCAGAAAAAAAUUACUCAAAUGGAAGAUUCCUGCUCAUAUUACAAGCUGAUGGAGAUCUCAUUCUUUACACUACAGCUUUCCCAACAGAUUCUGUAAAUUUUGAUUAUUGGUCAACUGGAACUCUGGGCAGUGGCUUUCAGUUGAUUUUUGACCAGUCUGGCUACAUUAAUCUUGUCACGAGGAACGGAAACAAACUUUCUGUAUUAUCAUCAAAUACAGCUUCAACAAAAGAUUUUUAUCAGAGAGCAAUUCUUGAAUAUGAUGGAGUCUUCAGGCACUAUGUCUACCCAAAGUCAGCAGACUCUAGUAGAGAGAAGUGGCCCAUGGCCUGGUACCCCUUGUCAUUCAUACCUGAAAAUAUCUGCAUGAGUAUUACAACAAGUACAGGCAGUGGAGCUUGUGGGUUCAACAGCUACUGUGAACUAGGAGAUGAUCAGAGACCAAACUGCAAGUGCCCACCUGGUUACAGCUUCUUGGAUCCAGAUAACACAAUGAGUGGAUGCAAACAGAACUUUGUGACACAAAACUGUGAAAAAGCAUCACAAGAAAAGGAUCAGUUUUAUCUUGAAGAGAUGAUUAAUACAGACUGGCCUCUUGCUGAUUAUGAAUACUUUCGACCAGUGACUGAGGAUUGGUGCAGAGAAGCCUGCCUUGGGGACUGUUUCUGUGCUGUUGCCAUUUUUAGAAAUGGUAAAUGUUGGAAGAAGAAAAUCCCUCUCUCAAAUGGGAGGAUUGAUCCUAGUGUUGGGGGCAAAGCUCUUAUCAAAACAAGGAUUUGAACCUCCUUAUCAGUUAAACUUAAACCCUUCCAUAUGAAUAUGUACUGUGUAUUGUUUGUAUUUUCUAUUGUUGCUACUCUUAUUCUAUAUGAUAGUUAAUAAAGCAAUGGUGCAUUUAAAAUAA